AAGGGGAUGGAGAAUGAGAACCAGACGGUGGUUAUUGAAUUUCUCUUCACUGCAUUCUCCCAUUUCCAGGAGGGUGGUUUUCUUUUCUUCAUCCUCCUGCUCUUCAUUUACCUAUUCAUCAUCAUAGGCAACUCCAUGGUCUUUGUUGCUGUCAUUCUAGACUCUCGCCUCCACACACCCAUGUACUUCUUCAUUGGUGUCCUUGCUUUCCUGGAGAUAUGGUACACCACGACAACCAUCCCAAAGAUGCUCACCAACUUGAUAAGUGAGCAGAAGACUAUCUCCAUUGCUGGUUGCCUCCUUCAGAUGUAUUUCUUCCAUUCCAUUGGUAUCACUGAAGUUUACCUCUUGACCACCAUGGCCAUGGAUAGAUAUCUGGCCAUUUGCUACCCUCUCCGCUACCCAACCAUCAUGACUUCACAGCUUUAUAUUCGACUGACCUUGGGUUGCUGUUUCUUUGGUUUCUUUACUCCACUCCCUGAAAUUGCUUGGAUUUCCACACUGCCAUUUUGUGGUCCAAACCAAAUUAACAACAUCUUCUGUGACUUUGACCCCAUACUGAACCUAGCUUGUGUAGACACAGGCUCUAUCAUGUUAAUUAAGGUCGUGGAUAUUGUCCAUGCCAUGGAGAUCAUCUCAGCCAUUUCACUGGUGUCUUUGGCUUACAUCCAGAUCAUCGGGGUGAUUCUAAGAAUCCGAUCACCUGAGGGGCGUCGCAAGGCCUUCUCCACCUGUGCCUCCCAUCUUGCUAUUUUCUUGACCUUUUUUGGAAGUGUAGCCCUCAUGUACCUACGCUUCAAUGCCAAGUAUUCUUUUUUUUGGGACACUACUAUUACUUUGAUGUUUGCUGUGUUAUCGCCUUUCUUCAACCCCAUUAUUUACAGUCUGAGAAACAAAGAGAUUAAGGGGGCCAUCAAAAAAUAUAUGUGCCAGUCAAAGAUUUUCACAUGCUCUUCCAGUUAA